UCAGUUGCGCUCUGAGGGGAGCAAAGAUUAGAGGAGGACGGCGACCGUUACGAUUCGUUUCUCUCCCCACCCACUAAAGACAAAUUGUGGCCCCGGGUGGAUUUUUUAACCGUUUCCUUCACCCGCUGCCGCUUCGACGAAAAAUCUCCCGCCUCCUCUCGGAAGCUGCCAUUAACGCCGCAGACAAGUAUUUCCUGAGGGGUCGUUAUGCUCUGCAGUUUAAAAAAAUAAAUCAGGAGCCUUGAGGCGUUUUUAAAGGCCACCUGAUUGACUGCGGCAGGCGCUUUCGCGGGCUGCCCGAGGAGCUCACCUCGUCAGGUUUCAAGUCAAGUUCCUGGAGGAGUGACAAAAUAUGGAUCAUGCUAGAAAAGCAAUACUUAACAUGUUUGGAGGGGAACCCCUCUCAUAUACCCGGUUCAGUCUGGCUCGACAGCCUGAUGGAGACAACAGUCAUGUGGAAAUGAAACUGUCUGCUGAAGACGAAGAAGGAAUUGAAAAUGGAGUGAUUGACCAUCAUCAUACCCGGACAGUAAAGCCAAGGAACAAUAAUCAUUACCUCUGCUUUGUACUUACUGUAGCAGUCCUGAUUUUUCUUAUAGGAUUCCUGAUUGGCUACCUGAGUUUCCGUGGACGGAUGCAGGCAACAAAAUGUGAAGAUGGCGUUGAAUUAUGUAGCGGCUACCAAUGUACAACUGAGUCCAUAAAAGAUGAAUCUGUGGAGUGGACACCAGAACCUGUGCUAUACUGGGGUGACCUUAAAAGCAAGCUGUCAGACAGGCUGAAGAGUGCAAGCUUCAUAGAUAAAAUAAGGAAGGUUUCUUCUACCACCCAUGAUGCUGGCAGUACAGGAGAUGAGAUCCUUGCCGAUGACAUUCAUGAGCAAUUUAACAAAUUCAAGCUGGACAAAGUCUGGAAUGAUGAGCACUACGUUAGGCUGCAGGCCGCAGGAGGAACUGCAAAUGCAGUUUCCCUGGAAGAUCCAAGUGAAGCUCUGGAGAAGCCUGAUACUUACGUAGCGUACAGUGAAUGUGCAGAGGUUUCUGGCAAACCUGUUUAUGCCAACUAUGGCCGCAGCGAAGACUUCCGUGAACUGCUAAAGAAAAAUUUCAACUUAAGUGGAGCAGUGAUCCUUGUGAGAGCUGGAGAAAUCGCAUUUGCUGAGAAGGUGGCAAAUGCCAAGCGGUUGGGUGCCGCAGGAGUCUUGAUAUACCCGGAUCCAGUUGACUACAGGAGCCUUGGAGAUGGUGUUUCCUUAUUUGGACAUGCUCACCUUGGCACUGGGGAUCCUUUCACACCUGGAUUUCCUUCUUUCAACCAUACCCAGUUUCCCCCAGUUGAAUCCUCAGGACUCCCGCGCAUUCCAGUACAAACAAUUUCAAGCUCUGCUGCAAGAAGGCUAUUUAGCUCUAUGAAUGGGCCAGAUUGUGACGCUGCAUGGAAAGGAAACCUCCCCGUUGUUUACAAGCUUGGAUCAGAUUCUAGUGGAAGAAAUGUGAAGCUCCAAGUCAGCAAUGAGCUUGUGGAAAAGAAAAUCCUAAACAUUUUUGGUGUGAUCAAGGGUUUUGAGGAACCAGAUCGGUAUGUUGUGAUCGGAGCCCAGCGUGAUUCCUGGGGACCUGGAGUGGUGAAGGCCGGUGUAGGAACUGCCCUGCUUCUAGAGCUUGCUAGGUCCCUUUCUGAUAUGGUGCAAAUUGAUGGCUACAAGCCCCGCCGGAGUAUUGUAUUUGCCAGCUGGAGUGCUGGAGCGUUUGGAGCUGUGGGUGCCACAGAAUGGCUGGAGGGUUAUGCCUCCUCCCUCCACUUGAAGGUGGUUGCCUAUAUCAACUUGGAUUCAGCAGUUUCAGGCUCCAAGGACUUCAGGUUCUCUGCCAGCCCCAUGUUGAAAACGUUGCUGGACGAAGCAGUCACAGGAAUGAAGGUGUCAUCAGCCGAUCUACGUAGUGUCUUGCCCAGCAAAGAGGUUGUAUUUCGUGUGGAUGACACAGCCUUUCCCUUCCUGUCAUACUCGGGGAUUCCAUCAAUUUCAUUCAGUUUCAACGAUGGUGGGAAACAGUAUCCUUACCUUGACACAAGUGUGGACGAUCUGGAGAACCUGCUCAGGACCUUCAGAUCCUCCCCUGCUCAGCUGGAGAACAUGAUCCGUGCAGCAGCUGAAAUCGCUGGUCGGAUGGCUCUGAGGAUGACGCAUGACCAUGAACUGUACCUGGACUACCAGAGCUACAAUAACAAGCUGCGUGACUUCAUAGGGAAGCUGAUUCCAUACCGGAAAGAGAUGAUGAACCUGGGCUUGGGCCAACAGUGGUUAUUGGUGGCCCGGGGAGAUUUCACUCGAGCUAUGGCAGCCCUGACACAAGAUGUCAAAACCACCGACCUUACCAACAGGGCUGCUUGCCGUGCUUUGAAUGACCGGAUGAUGAAAGUGGAAUACAACUUUCUCUCCCCAUACGUCUCUCCAAAAGACACUCCUCUCCGACACAUCUUCUUUGGUUCUGGCUCCCACACUCUCAGCGCUUUGCUGGACCAUCUGAGCCUCCUGAGGACGAACAAGAGCUCCUUCAGCGAAGAUCUCUUUAGGAACCAGCUUGCUCUGGCAACUUGGACCAUCCAGAGUGCUGCUAAUGCCCUCUCUGGUGACAUCUGGAGCAUAGACAAUGAGUUCUGAGAAUGUAGAGUCCUUAACUUCGUUCUGAGAUACAACAAGAAGAAACACCCUCCUUUUCUACCAGUAGCGCUGAACAUAGUCCCCUUAGGCCUUCAGAGAUAUUCAGAUGCCCAGGGUCAAACCUGCAGCACUUCAAAGCAAGUUAAGAGGUCCUGACAGGACCUUAGAUUUAUGUAGAUUCCCCUUUUAAAUGGUGCUGUCCUCUCCCAACCCAAAAUUCAAGAGGCCUGAACCUGGUUCUGAGUAAAGCAUUUCCUUUAAGUUAGAGAGUGCAGAAAGCAAGUACAGUUGUGAACUCCUAAGAACAUAAGAAACCUUAUGGUCUUACGAAUUCAACUUGGUGUCCCAGGCUCAACUAGAGGAAAAGCAAAACUAUUCUGGGAGUUGUCAUGUGACUUGUGAGCCUAAAUUUCCCAUACGAUUAAUUCUACUAGAAGGCACCUCCCCAAGUACAGAAGCUCUUUCGUAGUCCCCUUGGCUCCAGGAAUACAACCAAUACAUGUUGAUACGGGGUCAGUCUAGCAGGUAACACGAAUGAGACCUUUUUCCUUCCCAAGAGAAACUGGGAGAGCCCUGAGUGGGGCUCUUCUGUGACUGCUCCUUUCCUUACUUAGGAAGGCCAAGCCAAAGAAAUGAAGGCUGCAGUACAGUGAGAGGUCCUGUGGCACUAUUAAAAAACUAAAAUAACCAUUCCUUCCAUGGGGAGACUGGUUGUGCUCAGGCCCUUGCUCUGAGGCCUUCUGCAGGACUUGGUAUUGAGGUAUUUAUUUAUUUAUUUAUCAGUGGCAGGGUUCACUAUAAAUAUUUGUAUUUGUUUUUUCUACAGAAUAUAAUUAUCGGAAGCAGUGACUUCCAUAAUUAUGACAGUUAUACUGUCGUUUUUGAUAAAGCAGCAUCUGCUAGUACAAUCCAGCCAUGAUAACUGGAAUUUUUGCCAUCAACCCUUCAGUGGCCUGCAACAGCAGCAUCCAUUAGGAAAUUGAUUUUGGAUAGGCGGAAUUUCCCCCCCAUCUCCUGGAACAUGUAGUUUGAGCAGGUGAGGGGGAAUCCUGAGGAGUGUUACUUUUCCUCUUUUGCACUCAAAAGGUAGGAGGGCAAAAGCUGUGAGAUGUACAUUGUGCCUGACCCCUUCAAGGAAAAGCUUCCUUUGCCUUGACACAUUCAGUGGGUGAUGGAGGGUCUCCUGCUGCAGUGGCUAUACAGCCACCUUUCGAUCAAAUGCAAGCAAACUUGCUAGCAGCAGUGAACCUCAUCUUUGGGCUUCAUAUCAGUCCCACCUUCUGGUUAUGUUUAGGCUGAUGCAAACCACUGCAGGCUUGUUGUAAGCUGUGCUUGAGUAGUAGCAGCUCUUAUGUAAAACUUCCAGUACUGUGAUGUAUCAUGAGAACUUGGGUCACAUUAUCGGGAGCAGCGUCUCCCAUAAUGUUAAAGAACAAGGUAGUUUUUGCCUACCACAGUGUUGUAUCGGAGGCAGUGACCUCCAUAUGUUGCACUAAGGGUGUCUUAAUUAUCGGGGACAGUGUUUCCCAUAAUUAUUUUCUCAAUGCUCGCCAUGCAAUAACAUCUGCAGAGCAUGAUCGUUAGUAUCUAACAUGUAUAUUCAAGCUUCUGCAAUUGCCUGUCUGUCUGAUCUCACUUUCUGCUGGCUGCAGCAACUUCUUGAGUGGCUGUUAAUGCGUUAUGAGCAGGGCCAAGGCAGUAAUCUGUGGCUGCAAAUAAUUUGUAUCACCGAGAACCUUUCAUUGCCCUUGGAGAAGAGCAGUGGACUUCUGCUGAGUCUUGGUGAAUCCUGACCCUCUUUUGACUUUUUUUGCUCAAAUCCACUUCUACGACUUCAAGAAAUGGCUGGGUGAAUGCAGGUAUAUAAACUUGCUUAUGGCCAUAGAAAAAACUGCUAAAAUGUGGCUGUCAAUUGGGAAUGCUUCAAGAGCAUGAAUGGACGAUUGAGAUCAAUUGCUUGCAUUAAAAUAACUGAAUUUACUAUAAUUGUUGCUCUUAACUCUACCUGGCUUCUAGUACAAAAAGCUGAUCCGAACAACUGUGGGAACAUUCUUUCAGGUAUCUUUCAAGAGAAAUAAGUUGCAUAUUCUAGCUCUUCAAAGACUCAAGCAGAUAGGCACUCUUUCCAUACUCAUAAUGGAUGCAAGGUCAUGAAGUGCUGGUUUUAAGGCUCUGCUGAAAUGAGCGACUUCCAGGGUAUUAAAUGCUUUGUGCUGGAAAAACCUUGAGCUGGUCACAGGAAUGGGAAGUCAUGUGUUCAUGUUUAAACUUAGGCUAACCCUUUAUAAAAUCUCUUCCACGUUGGUAAUUCAGUUUACACCAGCCUGGUGGUGCCUCCAGUUCAACUCCCAUCAGCCCCUGGGGUUGAUUGGGUUUGUAAAUCAAAAACAGCUAGAGGGCACCACCAGGUUGGGGAAGGCUGUUAUCUACAAAGCCAAUUGCAUUUCAGACCUUUUUGUGUGAGAGUGAAAGUGUCUAGCUUGGUGACGUUCCUAUGCAUGGUUUUCUUCCCUGUGUUUUAUGAUGUAUGUGAAUGCUAUGUCUUCUCGUGGUAACUAUCUUCCUGAGUGGUGUUCCCAUAGCACGGCAUGCUUCUUGGGUGGUAACAAAGCGUAGACAUAGUUGUUGAAAAGUUCUGAUUGAAUCUGAUUCACAUAACCUGUGUGUUUUGUGCUACAACCUUAUUUAGAAUUGGGGGUUAUAAUCCUGGUGUUAAUGGCUGAUGGAGAACUGCAAGACUUUACUGUCUAAUAAAGGAGGACUUGACUGUAAA